UCUUAGUCUAAGUAUAUGAGACUAUCCCUUCGACGAAAAUAAAACCUCGUUCACAUGCUGCUGGAGCCCGGCCAGUAAAAUGCUGCGCAAACGAGUGUGAAGUCGACUAGCAGCCUCUUCAGAUGACUUUCAUUCCCUCAAGCGCUUCCAUAGCGCUCUUGGGUCGCUCGCUCGGUGACUCCAACGGGAAUCAGAGUAACAAGUCCAUUCUCCAACACCUUUACUUCAUUAUUGCCGUCGUUAUAGCGCUCUUUUUCGUAUCACUCAGGAUAUACAUUCUGCGAAGGAGAAACCGACCUGUCGCGGAAUUCUUCACUAUCGGGUCAUCAAGUUCUUACUACAACUCUCAGGCUCCUGGAGACAAUGCAUUCAGUUCUUCAUACCAACCCUCUUAUCCGAUGCCUCUUGCCCCUCCGCCAUCGGUUUAUCGUCCUAAUCGCAGAGUGAAUGCUGCAGAUACUGAUGCUGCCGGGCGCAGAUUUGGAGGGCCUGAUGAUCCAGAUUGGGAUGGGAAAGAUAUGCUUCCUGCCUACAAUAAUAUCGAUCGCCCUCCCAAAUACGACUUCGGUGGAGUGCCCGCUCAAGGAUAUUCUCCACCUGCUGGGAAUUACCCAGGCGACGACUCAGUUGUGGCAGGCACUGAAGCUCUCCCUCAUGUAGAUCAAUCCUUGACUUCUAUGACAAGGACCAGUCACUCUGACGGGGUUGAUUCCGCUCCGUCUGCACCGCACCACGAAUAUCCCCAGGCACCUAGCCAAGGUUAUGAUUUGUAAUCGUUACAUUGCUUUGGGCACCUCACGGACUUGUCAUAGACUCUCGUAUUCCUCACCUUACGUACGAUCCCGCAGGUUUUUCGGGUUGUAAUGUAUCACUGAUUCUGUUCUGAACAAUUAUC